AUGAUAAGAAGGGCUAGCCGGGUUAGUGCUUUGAGAGGUAUUAUUCUUCCUAACAAGGGCCCCGUGCUCAGGCAUCUUCUUUACGCGGAUGAUUGUGUUUUGAUGGGUGAGUGGGCGAGCAAUAACAUUAAGAAUGUGGCGUUAUUACUUAGAUGUUUUUAUCUUUUCUCCGAUUUAAAGAUAAAUUUGAGGAGGUCUAGCAUUCUUGGUUUCGGCCUUGAGACAAGUGAGGUCGAAAUGAUGGCUUCGGUUCUGAAAUGCAAAGCGGGCGUGACUCCGUUUGUACAUUUAGGGGUAAUGGUUAGGGCUAAGAUAAGUAGGGUGGCAAAUUGGAAGUUCGUGUUCGAUAUUUUUGAAGCGCGCUUUUCGCUUUGGAAGGCCUCUAUGGGAGGGCGUGUGACCCUCAUAAAGGCGGUUUUAGAAAGUAUUCCUAAUUACUACUUGUCUCUCUUCAAGGCUCCAAUGUCGGUUCUUAAUGGUUUAGAAUCUAUCAAAAAACGAUUUUUAUGGGGUGGGGAUGCUAUAAACAGGAAACUUCAUUGGGUCGCGUGGGAUCGAAUGACCGCUCCUAUUGAUACGGGAGGUCCAGGCUUUCUAAAUUGA